ACAGAUAGUCUACUUUGCUUACACACAAGCUGCUGCACAUUCACAAAAGACACAGGACCAGAGCAGAACCAGUCCGUGCUGUCUGAAUUUGAGGAUGAAUCACUCCAUGUUCACAGCUGUGCUGUUGGGAGCAAUCUGUGUUCUUUUUAAGGCUCAGGCUCAUAUAGAUAUUCACGUUGUGGCCUGCCAGACCAAUGACACUGCUCCAGAGGAUGAGAAACAGCAGGAUGGAGAGGAAAUGUUUUAUGCAGACUUUAAAAACAAUGAAAUCAUUUACACCAUACCUGAGUUUGCUGAUAAAUUUACGUAUCCAGACUGGAUGGCAUUUGCACAGGGUGAGCAUGGGACCUGCAUUCAUAACUUGAACGUGGCUGUUCAAGCUGAAAAGGACCCACCUGAGGAAAUAGAUCCUCCUCAGAGCACAAUCUAUUCAAUGGAAGAAGUUGAGCUGGGGAAGAGUAACAGCCUGAUCUGCUUUGUGAACAACUUUUUCCCCCCCCCUGUCAAAGUGAAGUGGACCAAGAAUAAUGUUGAAGUGAAGGAUGGAGUGACUCUAAGCCGCUACUAUCCAAACCCUGAUUUGACGUUCCAACAGUUCUCCACUCUGAGCAUCACUCCCCAGGAGGGGGAUGUCUAUUCCUGCAGCGUGGAGCACAUGGGGCUUCCGGAUCCCCUAACCAGGAUCUGGGAGCCUGAAUCUAACAAUGAAUCAGACAUGGCAGAGACAGCAUUCUGUGGAAUAGGACUGACCCUGGGUCUGCUGGGAGUGGGAGUUGGAACUUUCUUCCUCAUCAAAGGAAAUAACUGCAACUAAAAGAGGUCUUCAUGAAGACUCAAGAUCAAGACAUGGAGAAGACUCGUGAACUCAUGAUCAGUUUCUUCAGUGUGUUAAAAUAAAUUUCCUUCAUGUUGUAAAUACAGAUUUCACUAUUAAUAGCUAUUACAAAAUACAAAUAGUAUACUGUAUAAUUUAGAAAGUGAUCAGGCACCUAUUUUGCGCUUCACUGAUUUAUUACAAAAGCCAAAGUAGAUAAAGAAGGGAAAAACAGGAGUAUUACAGGAAACACUGGUCCUGCCUAUAUGGCCUAUGAAUCUAGUAUGAAUUUAAAUGAACUGUAUCUGUACCACUUUUUCUAAACUUAGUGGUACAGAUAUUCCCAUUAUAUUAUAUCAAUAUUAAACUAGAGAGUCAUUUUUGAGGGAAUUCCCAAUUGUGGAUACACAGUACACUUGUAUAAACAGGUAAGAAAUCCAUAUGUAGUGAAAUUGUGGUCAAUCAGUUUUUUACUUGAUAGCUUAAAAAUUAUUUUUGGUGGCACUUUAAAUGAGGCUUUAAAAAUUUCCAUGAAUCAACUUUUUUGUAAAUGUUAGGUGCUAAUGUUCUUACUGUUAAAUCAUAAAUAAAAAGUUUACACCCAUUGACA